GAAUAAUGAGUUAUGGACGGAAGAAGAAAACUAGAAAAGUAGAAAACUUGGACCCAUUUGGUUCUUUAUCUAACUUUCGCAAGUAUUUGGAGGCACGAUGAACCAACAACCUACCUUCUCUAUCUAUCCAGCCUCUUCAAUCACUGUGACCUGAAAAACCCACCUAAAUAUUCCAUGCUUGCUCAACAACUUGCAUUUCCUCUUUUCCAAUUUGGGUUUUUCCGUGUGCCCUAAAGCUGGAACCAAUCUGGGAUGUGGGUCUUCUUCUUCAUUUAAUCUUCAGAGAUGAACACGGUUUGGAUUCUCCUCUUGUUUUCACUCCAACUAGCGGAUUCCACACUAGGAUUGUUGAAUAUGAAUGUUCCUUCAAGGCCUGAUGUAGUAAACGUUGGUGCUGUUUUCACUUUCGAUUCCUCAAUCGGAAGAGUUGCAAAGUUAGCUAUUCAGGAAGCUGUUAACGAUGUCAAUUCAGAUUCAUCUCUUCUUCCAGAAACCAAACUCGUCGUUCAUAUGCAGAACUCCAAUUGCAGCGGAUUUCAAGGUUUACUUGGAGCAUUGAAGUUUAUGGAGACUGAAGUUGUUGCAGUUAUUGGUCCACAAUCAUCUGUAGUUGCUCAUAUGAUAUCCCACAUUGCUAAUGAACUUCAACGUCCUCUUCUGUCAUUUGCUGCAACGGAUCCAACUCUAUCAUCUCUUCAGUUCCCUUUCUUCCUUAGAACAACCCAAUCUGAUUUUCAUCAGAUGGCUGCGAUUGCAGAUAUUGUUGAUUACUAUGGCUGGAGACAGGUUGUAGCCAUCUUCAUAGAUGAUGAUUUUGGAAGAAAUGGUAUAUCUGCUUUGGAUGAUUCCUUAGCGGCUAAACGUUGUAAGAUCUCUUCCAAGAUUGGUAUUCCUCCUGGAUCUGGAUUGAAUCGAAACAAUGUUAUGGAUUUUCUAGUUCGAAUUCAGUUAUCGGAAUCACGAAUCAUUGUAGUUCAUGUUCAUCCUAAUAUGGGUUUUUUGAUAUUCUCUGUUGCACAUUAUCUUCAAAUGAUGAAUGAUGGGUAUGUUUGGAUUGCUACUGAUUGGCUUUCUUCGGUUCUUGAUACCCUUUCGAUUGUUACUCCUUCCGAGUCAUAUGAUACGAUGCAGGGUGUUCUUGUUUUACGUCAAUAUACUCCUGAUUCGGAUAGAAAGAAGGCUUUUUUAUCGAGAUGGAGCAAUUUGACUGGCGGUUCUUUAGGGCUUAAUUCUUAUGGACUUUACGCUUAUGAUACGGUUUGGCUUGUGGCUCGUGCUGUUAACUUGUUUCUCAAUAGGGGUGGCGUUAUUUCGUUUAAGAAAGAUCCUAAUUUAAGGUUUGGAGGAGGAAAUCUUGGUCUUAAUGCUAUGAGGGUUUUUAAUGGAGGUUCUCUUUUGAUGAAUUGUAUAUUGGAGAGUAAUUUUACUGGUUUAUCGGGUCAGGUUGAGUUUGGACCGGAUAGAUCUCUUAUUCGGCCUGCAUUUGAUGUUAUUAACGUGAUUGGAAACGGGGUUAGACGGGUGGGUUAUUGGUCUUAUCAUUCAGGUUUAUCAACUCAACCUCCUGAAAUGAUUUAUACAAAUGAGAACAAUAAUUCGAAUUCAGAACAUAAGCUUUUCAGUGUAAUCUGGCCAGGACAAACCACGGAGAAACCUCGAGGAUGGGUUUUUCCGAAUAAUGGUAAGUUACUGCGUAUCGGAGUACCAAGGCGGGUAAGUUAUCGAGAAUUCGUGUCUCAAGUACACGGAACCGAUAAAUUUAAGGGAUUUUGUAUCGAGGUGUUUCAGGCAGCUCUGAAUCUUUUGCCUUACCCGGUUCCUUAUGAAUUCAUUCCUUUUGGAGAUGGAAAGGAGAACCCGAGCUAUCAAGAACUAGUGAAUUUGGUGGCAACUGGUCAUUUUGAUGCUGCUGUUGGGGAUAUUGCAAUUGUUACAAAUAGGACGAAGAUAGUGGAUUUUACACAACCUUAUGCUUCGUCUGGGCUGGUUGUGACUACAUCGUUUAAGAAACUAAACUCGGGUGCUUGGGCGUUUCUUCAACCAUUUUCUCCUUUAAUGUGGGCUGUUACCGCUUCCUUCUUCCUUCUAAUCGGUGUUGUCAUUUGGAUUCUCGAGCAUAGGUUAAACGAUGAGUUUCGAGGCACACCUACAGAACAAUUUAUCACUAUUGUAUGGUUUAGUCUAUCGACUCUCUUCUUCGCUCAUAGAGAGAGCACAGUGAGCACGCUUGGUCGGGCAGUGUUGCUUAUUUGGCUUUUCGUUGUUCUUAUAAUAAACUCGAGUUAUACUGCGGGUUUAACAUCAAUCCUCACGGUACAACACUUGAGUUCCCCGAUUAAAGGAAUUGAGGAUUUGAAAAGAAGUAAUGAUCGAAUUGGGUAUCAAGUAGGCUCGUUUGCCCAACAUUACUUGAUCGAUGAACUUGGUAUACCAAAAUCUAGGCUUAUCGAACUUGGAAAACCCGAGGAUUACGUGAGAGCAUUGCAAUUGGGUCCUAAAAAAGAAGGGGGUGUAAUUGCUGUUGUCGACGAACGCCCUUACGUUGAUCUUUUCUUAUCGACUCACUGCAAGUUCAGAGUUGUCGGACAUGAAUUCACCAAAAGCGGUUGGGGCUUCGCAUUUCCUCGAGAAUCUACAUUGGCUAUUGAUGUAUCGACCGCGAUUCUUACAUUAUCGGAGAACGGCGAUCUCCAAAGGAUCCGUGACAAGUGGUUGCCGAAGAGUAGUUGUAGCUCAGAUGGCACCGAGCUAGAAUCCGAUGAACUUCACCUUUCAAGCUUUGUUGGUCUGUUUCUUAUAUGCUUGAUCUCUUGUUUAUCGGCCUUAGUGGUAUACGCCUUGCAGCUAUUCAGCCGGUAUCGACGUUUUACACGCGAAGAAGAAUCUUUGGAAGAUGGACCAAAUGUUGUUGCUAGGUCAAGAUGCUUCCAAACAUUGUUAACGUUGAUGGAUAAAAAGAAGAGUACCCCGGAUAGGAAAAGAGGCGAGCCAUCGUCACAAUCCGAGGUCUCUUAAUCAAUUUAUUAAUACAAACUUUAACUUAAAAAUGAAAAUUCAUGAAAUGAAACGUAUAAUAUCAUCCAUAUGCUUGUUUGAA